UGUUGAACAAUUGCAUUGGUUGUAAUAACUUGGGCACUUAUAACGAACUGAUCACGUGCAAAAAUUUUCGUGCUGAAGAAAUUAUAACAUAAGCAGAAGCUUGAAUAGUCAAGCUUGGCUAAGACUUCAUCAAAAAUUUACCAAACAGGCAAAACGGCCAAUAAAUAUUCAAAUCUUUGCGGUUGAUUUUAUUACAAAGCAUUAAACUCUCAUUUUGUCUCAAAUUAUCAGCAAAGUUUUUCCAAUUUGUUUUCCUUAAUUUUCCCCCGAGAACUCAAAUUUCGAAAAUUUGCUGUAGAGAAAAAUUAAAUUAUAGUUUUUAAAAAUAUUCCUUGUACUGGGAGAAAAACUGAACCUCCUUUUUCUAAAAGCUAGCUUCAAAAUCCAGGAAGUGCGGUGUUUCUGAGCUAAUCAAAUUCACAGUCGUCAAUAUUACCCGAGUCGAGAUUUUAUCACCAACCAAAGUUCACAAAAUGGCCUCGUCUUCAUCUUCUCAAACGAAUGACUUCAUUUCCAAUCAAAACAGCCGUGGUGUCUGUCCCGGUUGUUCGGCAAAACUAACAGGCAAUGCGCCGGAAAUUCCCUGUGGUCACCAAAUUUGCUUCCAAUGUGCGGUGACUAUGGAACAAUUUGGAGGUCAAAAAUGUCCAGUUGAGGGUUGUCGCCACAAUCAAACUGCCUUCCCAGAGCGAAUUUCAGUCAGUAACUUACCUGUGAAACCUGUAGCUGCAGUUGACAAUUCUUCGUUCACUGUACAACCACCGGCUUAUGAAGCCCCUACAUCAACUCAAGAGCUACCAGUACCAGAGGAAACGGAAAGGCGAAUUAUCGAAAACGUACAAUUCUAUUCCAGAGAAUCGGAUGACAUCAAGGAUAACGAAUUGAAAAAUCUUCUAGUUGUGGGAAAAACUGGCUCAGGAAAAAGUUCGUUGUGUAACGUUUUGUCCGGCUACAGUUAUAACGCAGAUAUUUUCGAAGUUUCAGCUGAAAGCAGACCUUGUACACAGAAAACUAACUUCCGGAACGUUUUCUUCAACGGAGACAGAAUGAAACCUAUUAGCAUUAUAGACACCAUAGGGUUCGACGACCCGAACAAUGAUACCGAUGCUACGAUCAUUUCUGAUCUCGUCGUUAAGCUCAAAAACAACUGCGAUUACGUCAAUCUAUUUCUUAUCACUGUUAAUGGACAACACCCUAGACUUGAUGAUUCUUUGAUUGGAAUGCUUAAGAUAUUCGAGCAAAUGUUUGGAGUGGAGUUCUGGGGACAAGCAGUGAUUGUUUUUACUAUGCUACCCAUGGAUAACUACAACAUCAGUAACCGAUUGCAAAUAAGAAUGCAGACCGACGCUCAACUGGCCCUAAAAUACAUUCAAGGGUUAGGAAAACAUUUUCCAAAAGCAAAAGGACUAAAACAUCUGAUUGUGAACGCUUGCCGCAAUCAAGAAAACUCGGAAGAUGUUCAAGCGUUUGACAAAGGAAUCCGCGAUAUUUGGCAACAGCUGGAGAAAGCACCAAGGCUGCCUACUGAAAACUUUAAAAACGUAGAAACCGAACAUCGUAAAUUGAAACGCGAGAUCGAGCAGAAGGAAAAGCAAAUGAAAGAAAUGGAGAAGCAGCAACAACAAGAAAACGAAAGAAUGAAGGAAGAAAUCAAAAAGAUGCAAAACGAAUUCAACAAAGAAGUUGAGACAAAAAAUGCAAAGCAAGAUCAAGAUCGAAUACAAAUAGAGACGAAACAUGCAAAUGAACUGAAAAAUUUAGCAGCGGAAGGAGAGAAAGUUUGUUUAAAUCUUGAGCAAAAACUAACUAAGCUGAAAAGAGACAUGGCGAGGGAACUCGCUAAGAAGGAAGCAGAGCGCAAAAGUGUCCAAAAACUGUUUGAUGAGCAGAGCAAAAAAACGGAAAAAAUACUUUCCGAGAAGCUGGAUAAAAUCAAUUUGCAGCAAAUUCAGCUACAACUUAAAUUGGAGAAGGAACAAGACAGCACAGAGUUAUUGAGACAAAAGGAAGAUCUCAAAAAACAGCAACAAGAAUUAGAAGAAAGGCAUUCGAGACAAAUUGCAGAACAACAAGAAAAAAUGAACCAAAAAAAGAAAGAGAUCGAAAAACAGAAAUUGGAACUGAAACUGAAAUAUGAAAACGAGCAGCAAGAAGAACGGGAAAAAUGGGAGUCUAAAAUUUCAGAAGCCGAGAAAAAAAUGCAACAACAACAAGCUCAGGCAUCAGAAAAGAUAAUCAAGCAGCAAAAUGAAAAACUAGAUGAUGUCAAAUCAGCCCAUUGGAAGCGCACUGUGGGGGCCGUGCUGAAAACAGACCCCGGUACCAUGUUUACUGCGAUUAUAGAGAUAUGUGACACUCUGAGUGCUUCUUAUCCUGAGAACUGGUGGUGUGUCAGUUGUAAAUGGAAAAGUGCUAAAUGGGCACUACAAGUAAAGAAAGGAGUAGGAGAGUCGGCUGAGUGGAACAAUAUGGGUUAUUCGGUUAAAUUCGAUUCCCACGUGUACACUGUACCCAUUGCACAACUGAAAGAGAGAGGAGUAAGGUGUUCUGCAGAGAAAAAGAGGAAAGCAAAAAAAAUAUUAGAAAGUGUGGCUUGGAUGUUAGAGGAGAAGGAUAUUGGAGUUAGUAAAGAGAGUGUAGCAGAUGAAGUGGUGUCUCGUUUGGACAAAGAGGGACUCAAUUGGGUGCACAUAUGGGUAUCGGAAUGGUUUUCAUCUAGUUUCUUCCACUCUACUCGUUCAGAUGCCACCAGUCUUGUCUACAGUUACGUAGACAUUUUAAAUUCAAGAUACCAUAUCUCGGUCUUCCUUACAUCCUAAACAUUGCAAUACCUAUAAUAAACUCAGACAUUUGUCCUUUAGUGUCGUUAACGCUUGGAUCUACAUGACAAUCAAUUUGAAUGCAAAAAUCAAAUAAAACUAAUUUGAUUAGAUAUGCUUUCUUCAAUGAAAUAAAUAAUUUCUUUAGUAAUUUUCAACUGAAGAUUUCAGAUCAUUUUGACUAAUUUUCUUACA